AAAUUAAGUCAUGCAUAUUUUAUAAUAUGAUCUAGGGCAGAUAACACAACUUUCAGAUUACAUGUUAUAAUAAUCAUACUAAUACUACAAACUUUAAACGUAAACAUUCAUUGUUUAAAGCCGUCCCUGAAUACCCGUGCUAAUUAAAAAAAUAACUGCAAUCAAUUCUAAAACAUGGAUUUUUCAAACAAAUUUCUACGUAAAUUCCGAUUUUUUGUUUCGUUAUGAGAACGGGAAUACUGUUAUUGCGUUGUUUCAUAAAGACAGGCUAUCUUUUUGGAUGGAUAUUAUAUAAUCACUGCUGAAAAUGGCGGCUGAUACUAGUACACAUUCCAUGCUCUAUGAUACGGCUGGUGGUGACAAAAAUGACGUUUACAAUGAAAGUUGUCAACUUAUCCGUCGGAUAUUAAAACAUAAACUUGCCACUGGUUUGAUAGUAGCAGGGGCUGUCAUAAUCGCAAUUAUUGUUGUAGUUGUUGUUGUUAAAACCAAAGCCAAUGAUCAAGAAAAUGAGCAAGGACAAUUUGCUUCUCAUCAUAAAACGCAUACCUUUUCAGAUGAUACGAGUGACAAUGUUAGCCUUCUGAUCAACCUUAUGGAAUGCACAAAGGACACAUGCAAAGAAUGUGAACAAAACUUUACUGUUGAAGACAUCCCUUACGAAGCACAAGUAUGUGGCAGUCAGAACCCAAAGGUAGUGAAUUCGACAUGCUACCUUUGUAACAAUACGUGUUUAACAACGGAUGACAUUAUAGACCUUUGGAAUAAAAAUAUGAGAUUGUGUGGGGACAGUCAGCCAGAACACAUUACAUGCUGCCUUAUUUCAAGCAUGAAAAACUUGGACAAACCUUCUCUUGACGGUACAUAUAAAUGCUUCGAAGCUGAGAUCCACCAGAAAUACAACACGUCACCAAUUCAGCCACUUUUUGACUGUCAGCAUGGCAAAACUGGAGAAAGGUGUGAAAAACUUAACAAAGUUCCGUUCUAUUGCAAGUGUUAUGCCUUGGAUAACAAGUUCCAUAACCAAGAGAACAUGACGGAAUGCGCAAGUAUUCCAGAUAAACCUUCCUGCCAUACAUCGAUCCAAGGACGAAAUUGUAUGUGCACGCGACUUCCUGAAAAGGAAACUCGACGGCUUACACAAUGUUGAAGACCAUGGAUAUUUAUCAUCACAGAAAUCUCUGAAAGUUACUUCAAAAUGAAAUCAAUGCUAAAAACAAAUAACAAACAUGGUUUGAAUGAAGUUUUAUUCUUUGACCCACUUCUUUUGAUAAGAUAUAUACUUUCAUAUUGUGACAUCAGGGAGCGUGUUUUUAUUUUUGACUAUGAUACAAAAGGGAAAGAACAUCAAAACAUCCGUCAAUCUGAUUUAUACUCGGGGGCUACGCUUCUUCGUACAAAUCAGAUAGCCUCGUGUUUCGAUGCUCUUUCUAUUACUUAUUUAGUAACGAUUAGCAACAGUUAUCUAUGUAAUAUGUAUAGUUAGUCUGUAGUAUAAAUGUGUACAUGUAUUUGAAAGUAUGAAUUUUUUGAAGCCAAAUGAUAUGACUCUUCUUAAAUUUUUCAAUACAUCAUUUCUGUACAGAAUGAAUUUUAAACAAAAAAAGUGAUUUUUUACAGCCGACAAGUAUAUUAGUCAAAUUAUUCAAAUAAUUAUUAUGCUUAUGAAAAAAUGGUGUUGCGACUGUAAAAACAACUUAAAAGGGUUAUUCUUUUGUCAAAUUGAUAGUUUUAUGCAUCAAUGAUUUUUUGUCAAAUUGAUAGUUUUAUGCAUCACUGAUUUAGAGCACAUACUCAUGCAAUCAGCUCAAAAUAUUUUUGUUGCUGUUGUUGUUGUUGUUGUUUUGUGAGAUGUAGUAAUUUUAUAUCAGCGGGAACUGGGAAAUUAUAAAUAGUUAAAUAUCAUUUAUAAUGAUAUGUUGUACAUGGAAAUCAGUAGUUUAUAUUAUAGAGUAUUGUAGAUAACAUUGCAAUGAAAAUCCAAAAAUAAGUCAAUCAAAAUUUUGUGUUGAAAUUUAUAGACAGGCAGCAGCAUUUAAGCUCGAUUAUUCCAAGAAUAGUGGCAGCUAUUGUACCCACCAUGAAUUAACUAGGCGUCAGAGUCGGUGACGGCGUCGGCGUCACACUUUGGUUGUGUUUUUCUUUGCACGUUCGUAUCUUCAAAACUAAUGAAGUGAAUAGGUUGAAACUUCACACACUAACUUAAGAGCAUAAUGGGAGCUCAUCCAGGUCCAUAAUUAUUUUAACAUAGAUUUUGACAGAAUUAUGGCCCCUUUUAAACUUAGAAAAUUCUACAUUAUCCAUUAUUAUUAUUGUUUUUCAAGCACUGAGAAUAGUCGGACAAACUUUCCUACUGACAGCUCUUGUCCUGUAUACCGUACAGUAUUCAGACAUGUUUUUUUCAUGCACACAGUCAAAACUGAUUCAUACCCUGAAAGUCGUAAAUUCAUUUAA